GUAGAAUUUUUUGGUGUGGGUGUUUUGUCUCGCGAUGUCAAACGCUUCAAUGAUUAUUAUUUUCAAGUGGAUGUAAAAAUUAGUGCAAAACGUUGUUAAACUAUACAAUGUGUGUCGUAUUAUAGUGUUCGUGGACAUAUUUCUUUGUAAAGUGAACAAUCGAGUGCAGUGAAGGCAGAUAAUAAUUUGGUGGGGGGGCUGUUAAAAUACUACGAUAGGAUAGUAACAAACGUUUUAGGUACUACUCAAGAGGUGUUCAUAGCGCUCAUAAAAUUUCUCAUCUCGUUGCGAGCGCGAUCCGGACUUCCAUUUUGUUUUAUUAUGUGGUUUGGUUGUUUACGCUGUGCAUCGUGUUCUUAACAAUGGAAAGCGACGGCGAGGCGCAAUGAGUGACCCGUGCUAGCGGUGAUGCAGCGCGCUCAAGCGAGCGGCGCCGCGCAGCCGCAGUCGGCCCCGCGACACUACCGCUCGCACUCGCACCACUACCCGGAUAUUGAUGAUCAGAUCCCGGCGUCAGUGAUCAGUAGCGUGGGAACGGUUAGUUUAUCUCAAUCCACGACUAAUCCAACGCCGAAUAUCACAAUGGCCAAUCCAACCAACCCAAGCAACACGAACAACAAUCAGACACCCGCACAACAGACGCCCACGCAAGCGCCCAUCAGAACCUUGCCUAAGAAAAGGAAAAUAGAUCCUUCCGAACUAGAGGAGAUUGAGCGGAAUUGCAUGAACCAUAUUCCUGAAAGGAAUCAUGUUGCCGUAUCGGCGCCGCCUCCCGUCGAAUACACGCCAUCGACGUACUCAUCAAUACUCCAACCGUCGCCUAUAGUUCACCGCUCGUCACCGCACGAGUUAAAAUCGACAGAAUACAUUCAUUACCCGAACAUAGAUCUGUCGGAGUGGAGAGAUCACAGAGUGCUGGCGAAGCAGCGCGGUAUCUACACCCCGGGAGUGAUCCGUCAAGCGGAGGGUUGUAAAGUGAUCGUUGAGUUGGACGGGCAGGAGAACGAGCCCGUGGAGUACAGUGAUAUAUUCGGUGCGAACAAGUACGACGUGAUUAGUGACGCUAGCCCCCAGUUGAGCCAUUUGUCUAUUGGCUCCGCGUGUGUUGUGAGAACCGAUUCGAGCCGGGAAAGUGUGCAAAAUGUGUUUGUGGAAGGUUUUGUGUUCGAAGUGCAUAACUCGCCGAUUAGGAUCCGUGUGCGGGUGAUAGAGGGCGAGAACAUGUCAAAGGACACGGUGGAGGUGAAGCGGGCGGACAUACGCCUGCUGCAGCCGCCGUGGGCGGACGAGCUGGAGGACGCGGGCACGCAUGCUGCGAGCGCUAUGGCGCCGCACAUGCGUGUGCACCCGAUAGCUACCGUGCCGUACUCAAUGGGCGAGCACUUCGUGACGUCAUCGCCCAUGGCCGGCGCGGGCCAGGUGGUGACCGUCGGCGCUUUGUCGAAUGGUUCUAGACCUUUCGACGACUAUGGAGAGAGCGAUGACGAUCUGCCACGGGAGGAUAUCAUGUUUCCCACUGAUGCUUCGCAUAUGGAUUGCAGCAAUAGUAAACGCAGUAGUCUACAGAGCAGAGGCAGCACUUCAAGCCUCAUUGAGGGGAGUCUCACCCCACGAUCUCAACCGCCUACACCCAGAUCUCAAGCAGCCACCCCGCACAAGUACAAAAAGGGCGACGUGGUAUCCACCCCCACGGGUAUACGCAAGAAGUUCAACGGCAAGCAGUGGCGGCGGCUCUGCUCCAAGGACGGCUGCACUAAAGAGAGCCAGCGUCGCGGGUUCUGUUCCCGGCACUUGUCUUUACGGGGUGUCGCAAGGUCGUCGAAUACUCCGCUCGCACAGGGAUCUGCGCAUACGCCGCAACAGAGGAGCAGCAGCAAGUCUCUAUCGUCCAGCGGCACGGGCGUAGAAGGCGACGAAACGUCACGCGAAUCAGACACCACUCCGCCUAACUAUCGCGUCACAGGACGCUUCGAUCCUGAUGAAACGGAGGCUGCUAAUAUGCUUGUAUCGCUGGGCAGCUCGCGGUCGGGCAGCCCGGGCGCGUCGCCGGUGGGCGACAACGUGUUCGUGCCGAUCUCGUCGCCGCAGCCGCCCCCGCACAAGCACCCCUCGCUGCACCACCUCAUACGACCAGAAUUGGUUCGUCCGGGUAGAGUCAGCUCACCGGUCGGUGGAGUGGCCACGAGCGUCAUACGAGUGUCGCCGGCACCUACUUAUCACUAUCAGGUGGAAAGCCGCAACGGCCCCAGCCACCAAUCCACACCGUCAAACAUAAUCGGCAUCCAGUCCAGUCUACAAACCAGCAUGCAGUCCAACUUCACACCGCCAACACUCCAAUCAACCCCCAACCUGUCCUCAAGCAUAUCCAUAAUAAACAGCAUGAACAACCCGAGCUUAACGAGCAUUGCCAACACAAUACGCAAAACAGAAGAGAGCCCUCACAACCUGGUCCUGCACAGAAGUAUACCGUCCAACGGUAUUAAUUUCGACAUGUACAACAACCAACCGUUGCACUUGAGAAACGGUAUCCAUGAGUACCGUCGCGAAGAAGUGACGUCACCGCUCGGUGGCCAUGAUAACUUUCAAACGAGACGCAUCCCAGAGUACGAAGAAGAAGAGUCCGCAGUGCAGCAGAAUGAUGGUCACCGUCAGGAGGAGGAGGCCAAGCGUUUAGUGAAACCGGCGCCGAUACAAGCUCGCUUCGUGUCGUUGCUCGAUGCUGAGGCGAAGGAUUCGGUUAAACGCUUCUAUGUGAUACCGCAGAACUCUAUCGAGAAGAAGAUUGUACUCAUUAAGAACGAGCCGCCAGAUUCUGUGCAAAUAGAUCACAAAACGCAUCAGCUAACACAGCACGUAAACAACGACGCCGAGACGGAACAACGCAAUAUUGAUAAUGGCGAUCAUGUAAAUAAUGUGAAUAGUAGUGCAGUAAUAGUACACCCCAGUCAACUUUUGCCCGUCCUGCCUCCCCCCACUUCGCACACUGCUAUAAUUGUAUCAACGAGCGGAGUGAACGGCGCAGUGUUCCCAUGGCAGUCUCUAGUGCCGUGGCUACGGGCCAGUUCCCCGCCCCCCGCCACGCCAGCACAACCCCCGUCCCCGCGCACCCCACGCACGCCCCACACCCCACACACCCCACACACGCCCCAUACCCCACACACGCCGCAUAUCAAGAGCGAGGAGCAGAUCAAGACUGAAAGUAAUGAUACGGUAACAUCAAUGUGCACGGACGACGAUGACGAAGUGUUCGAAUGCGAAGAUUCUGGAACAAAUGGUGGAGAUAACACGAACAAUCGGCGCUCGCAGAGCCUGUCCUCGCUGAACCAGCCUGGAGGACCUGAUAAGAAGGAGCGUCGCAUCCGUCGUCCAAUGAACGCGUUCAUGAUAUUCUCGAAGCGGCACCGGCAAAUGGUGCACCAGUUGCACCCGAACCAGGACAACCGCACCGUCAGCAAGAUACUCGGCGAGUGGUGGUAUUCGCUGAAACCGGACGAGAAGCAGAAGUACAACGAGCUGGCUAGCGAGGUAAAAGAAGCUCACUUCAAAGCGCACCCCGAAUGGAAGUGGUGUAACAAAGACAGGCGCAAGUCGUCCAGCAGCAGAGACCCGACGGGAUCUAUGCCCCAGAGUCCCCGCACCCCAUCGGAUGUGAUGAACAGCGGCUUAUCACUGAGCGGCGCGGAGAUGAUGAACACGAACACAUACGCACACGUUGCGUCGCCGCAGCUCAGCGAUGAUGAGCCGAUGAUUACACAAACAACAGAAGAGCCUCCACCUGCACCGCAGACCACAAGUGAGAUAGACCUCAAGUGCCCGGAGAAAGUGAACGAUUCGGACUCGGAAGGCGUCGAAACCAGAGAGUACAUCACGCACCAUGAUCAUACACGACGACCUAAGGCUAUUAAAGCUAGGGCUGGUUCGUCUGACAACUUGCUCGGUAUAACGGCUUCGAGUCCCGGCGGCUCCAAGGUGUUCCAACCAACUGGAGGCGCGUUUAAAUCUACGCAUGCUGAUAAUGGCGACACGCACCGCCAAUGGACGGCGUUCACAGCGGUGAAAUCGACCAAUCAGAGCCAAGCUCCGAACCCCCCGCACACAGCGAGCACGCAGAACAUCACGAGCAGCGUGCAAGGUAUCACGCUGAACGCGCAACCCAUGUCCACGCAAGCGGCGUUGGAUAACGCGAUAGCGAGUAUUAUCAGCCCGCCCGCAAGUGGUGGUGUGCAAGUAAUAUCGACAGGUGUAUCGAUGCCGCAAACAUCGACAUCGACAAACGCGCUAAGUAAUGCACUACUAAAGAGCGUGACGCUGGUCAAUCGGAAUAUGGGCGAUAAUAAGCCUUCAGGUCCAAUAACCUUAUCAGUGGAUGCAUCAGGCAACUUGUUUAUCAAAGCGAGCCAACCUCCAGAACCACCUUCCGACGGGCACACCAACCAGCUGCACUAUGUUUUGCAGCGGCUUUACGUGCCUUCAUUCACUGAAGUGGAAACGAACAAGACGCCCACGCAAACGGUGCAAAGUGCUCCGCCAUCCGUGAUAGUGUCGCAAAGUAACAACAAUCUUAACACCAACAAUAACAGUAACAACACUGCGCCAAUCAGCAAACCGACUACUGAAUGGGACGGCGUAGAAGAGACCCGUCCGUUCCCUCUCGCACCGACGCCUGCGCAGUUGGGGCGGGCACCGCUACAAAAGAGGCUUAGCAGAGGAGCAUCCACAGGCUCAGUGGGCAGCGAGCAAAACGUGCCUCGCUCGGAACCGAACCCGGUACCACACUUUGAUACGCCGGAGUCUUUACAAUCGCCUAAAAAGAUUGAAAACUUGCCCAGUCCGUCGUUGAAGAAAAGCUUGUUUAAAAAGGGCAACGAGGAUGGGAGGGAUAAAGUGCUAGAAACAGUGAAUUUCGAGGCCAAAUUCAGUACUUUACCGCAGUUCAAGCCAGAAGCGGCUAGUCCCAGUGGCAUGGUCGUACCUCGAAGCCCGCAACUAUAUUUGCGAAAGAAACACGCUAAAAUUGAGGAAGAAACAACAUCAGUGACGCCGCAAUUAGAAGCGGAAGUUAUGAACGGCAACGGCAUCCCCACACCGCACUCGUACGGCACCACUCCGCACACCACCACCAAGCUCGUGGGGAACACCUUCUUCGGGCCCGACUUCAAUAUCGACACGUUUAGAGUAUCGGAGAGCAUGGAGGAGAUGUCCCCCCGCACCCCCGGGUCGGGUGCGUGCGGGGCGGGCGGGGGCGGGGGCGGGGGUGCGGGCGCGGGGGCGGGCGCGCGGGGGGAGGCCGGCCAUCGUCGUGUGCUGGAGCAGAGGCGACAUCUCGUGCUCAAGCUGUUCCAGGACCACGGCAUGUUCCCCACCACACAGGCCACUACUAGCUUCCAGGCGGCUCACACAGACAUAUUCCCCACAAAAAUGUCGCUGCAGCUGAAGAUACGCGAAGUGAGACAGAAACUAAUGGCGCAGUCAAACCUCACGCCGCACUCUGAAGUCAACACGCCUACUAACAUAAAUUCGCCGUUAGUAUCGGCCGCGUUGCAGCCAACAUCCACGGCCAGUUAGCGAUGCGGCUACACCCUCUCCAUCGUGGUGCAGCAAUGAAACAACAAUACGUUGUACAUUGCUCACUAUCUAUACAAGAGGAUACGGAUACAAGGAAUGUGCUAGUGUUGGAGCAGCAGUGUAUGUGGGACAGUGAACGCGGUUGCCAUGGUAACCGUUUGUUAGGUUGUGUUUGACG